GCUGGAUACCCAACAAAGUGGCCUGGACGUGGACCCGUGUAGUGUGGGGAGGGACGGACCGGUCGCUGCUUUCACUGCCGGCACCCCCAACCUCCUGCCCCAGUCAGCGUGCUCAGAGUUCUGUCUCCUGCUGGCAGCUCCCGCUCCCUCCUCUGCACGAGCUGCUGAGUGGAUUCAUUGGCUCAGGACUUCUCUGAGCAGCACCGACAACUGCUUCUGCUGCUGAGCCCAUCUGAGCAGCUCCCUCAUCCUUCAGGGCAGGAACCACUCACUGAAACCUCAGCCUUCUGGCUGGGCACCAAGGACCCGUGCCCACCAAUGCGACCCGGCCUUCAGAGAGUCAGGCCCACAGAGCAUGCCCAUGUGGGCCGGCGGAGUGGGGAGCCCUCGGCGGGGCAUGGCCCCUGCACCCACAGAUGACCUCUUUGCCCGGAAGCUGCGCCAACCCUCCCGACCUCCACUGACACCACAUACCUUUGAGCCAAGGCCAGCUCGGGGCCCACUCUUGCGCAGUGGCAGUGAUGCUGGCGAAGUUCGGCCCCCUACACCAGCCAGCCCCCGUGCCCGUGCCCACAGCCAUGAGGAUGCCAGCCGCCCUGUUGCAACCCCCACUCGGCUCUUCACUGACCCUCUAGCACUUCUGGGGUUGCCAGCUGAGGAGCCAGAACCUACCUUCCCACCAGUACUGGAACCCCGAUGGUUUGCCCACUAUGAUGUGCAGAGCUUGCUCUUUGACUGGGCUCCACGACCUCGCGGGACGGGGAGCCAUACAGAGGCCAGCUCUGGGACCCUGGCCUUAGCUGAGGACCAGACUGCCACCUCAGAUCUACUGCUUGGGGCACCUGGCUUUGUGAGCGAGCUUGGCGGUGAGGGUGAGCUAGGGCUGGGUGGACCGGCGCCCCCACCUGUGCCCCCUGCCCUGCCUAAUGCGGCUGUGUCGGUCUUGGAAGAGCCACAGACCCGAACCACAGCUUACAGCCUGGAGCACGCAGACCUGGGUGCGGGUUACUACCGGAAGUACUUCUAUGGCAAAGAACACCAGAACUUCUUUGGGCUGGAUGAGGCGCUGGGUCCCGUGGCAGUGAGCCUGCGACAGGAGGAGAGAGAGGGCAGCGGAGGGGGCACCCUACACACCUACCGGGUCAUCGUACGGACCACGCAGCUCCGGACCCUCCGUGGCACCAUCUCGGAGGACGCAUUGCCCCCUGGUCCCCCAAGGGGCCUAUCCCCGAAGAAGCUUCUGGAACACGUGGCUCCACGGCUGAGCCCGACCUGCCUGCGCCUAGGUUCAGCUUCUCCCAAGGUGCCCCGCACGCUGCUUACUCUAGAUGAGCAAGUGCUGAGCUUCCAACGCAAGGUGGGCAUCCUGUACUGCCGGGCCGGCCAGGGCUCUGAGGAAGAGAUGUACAACAACCAGGAGGCAGGGGCAGCCUUCAUGCAGUUCCUCACCUUGCUGGGUGACGUGGUGCGGCUCAAAGGCUUUGAAAGUUACCGAGCCCAGCUGGAUACCAAAACGGAUUCCACGGGCACACACUCGCUCUACACCACCUACCAAGACCAUGAGAUCAUGUUCCACGUGUCCACGAUGCUGCCUUACACGCCUAAUAACCAGCAACAGCUCCUGAGGAAGCGUCAUAUCGGCAAUGAUAUUGUGACCAUCGUGUUCCAGGAACCGGGUAGCAAACCCUUCUGUCCCACAACUAUCCGCUCGCACUUCCAGCACGUGUUCUUAGUGGUGCGCGCACAUGCUCCCUGCACUCCACACACUUCCUACAGGGUGGCAGUGAGCCGCACCCAGGACACUCCUGCCUUCGGGCCAGCACUGCCACGUGGUGGAGGCCCCUUCGCAGCCAAUGCCGAUUUCCGGGCCUUUCUGUUGGCCAAGGCACUCAAUGGGGAGCAAGCGGCCGGCCACGCACGCCAGUUCCACGCCAUGGCCACACGCACACGCCAACAGUACCUGCAAGACCUGGCUACCAACGAAGUGACCACUACAUCGCUGGACUCCGCGUCGCGGUUCGGCCUGCCAUCUCUGGGCGGCAGGCGCCGGGCCACCCCUCGGGGUUCAGGCUCUGAGCUGCAGGCGGCCGGCGCUCUGAUGUGGAGCGUGCGCGCGGCUCCGGGGGCGCGGGUCGCGGCGGGAGCGGAGACGGGCGGUCCGGAGGGCGCCGAGGUGCCUUGCUUGUUGGGCAUCUCGGCAGAGACGCUGGUGCUGGUGGCACCGCGCGACGGCCGUGUCGUCUUUAACUGUGCCUGUCGCGACGUGUUGGCCUGGACCUUCUCGGAGCACCAGCUAGAUCUGUACCACGGGCGCGGGGAGGCGAUCACGCUGCGGCUCGACGGAGCCCCGGGGCAAGCGGUGGGCGAAGUUGUGGCACGUCUGCAGCUGGUGAGCCGCGGCUGUGAGACCAGAGAACUGGCCCUGCCCAGAGACGGCCAAGGUCGCCUGGGCUUCGAGGUGGAUGCAGAGGGCUUUAUCACACACGUGGAGCGCUUCACGUUCGCGGAGACCACGGGGCUUCGGCCCGGAGCACGCCUGCUGCGAGUGUGUGGCCACACGCUGCCCAAGCUGGGUCCAGAAGCUGCCGCCCAGAUGCUGCGCUCCGCGCCCAAGGUCUGCGUCACCGUCCUGCCCCCAGACGAGAGCGGCCGGCCGCGAAGGAGCUUUUCAGAGCUGUACACGCUGUCACUGAAGGAACCCAGCCGCCGUGGGGCCCCACAGCCAGUACAGGAGGAGGCCAUCAAGGUGGCCCUGCUGCCCACCACAAAGCAGCUGCUGCAUUUUUGCCUACAAGACAGCAGAGGUCCUCCUCCGGGGCCUGGGGAUCUGACUGAAGAGAGAACGGAGUUCCUACACAGCCACAACUCCCUGUCACCCCGCAGCUCCCUGUCAGAUGAGGCUCCAGUUCUGCCUAACACCACCCCAGACCUCCUCCUUGUCACCACUGCCAACCCAUCAGUGCCUGGUACUGGCAGAGAGACCCCUCCCUCCCAGGACCAGUCAGGCAGCCCCAGUAGCCAGGAGGACCCCGGUGACUCAGCACCUGAACUGAGGGCCUCCAUCCUGCCCAGAACCUUGUCUCUGCGGAAUUCCAUCAGUAAAAUCAUGUCGGAAGCUGGCAGUGAGGCCCUGGAGGAGGAGUGGCGGUCCAUCUCAGAGAUUGCCUCCACUUGCAACACAAUUCUGGAGUCACUGUCCCGAGAGGGACAGCCCAUCCCAGAGAGCAGAGACCCCAAAGGAGCUCCAAAGUAUGAUUCUGAGCCAGAACCCGGGAGCCUGUCAGAGAAGGUCUCACACCUGGAGUCCAUGCUCAAGAAGCUCCAGGAGGACCUGCAGAGGGAGAAGGCAGACAGGGCAGCCCUGGAAGAGGAGGUUCGGAGCCUUAGGCACAACAACCAGCGGCUGCUGGCAGAGUCGGAGAGCGCUGCCACCCGCCUGCUCCUGGCCUCCAGGCAGCUGGGCUCACCCACUGCUGACCUGGCCUGAAGCCCACCUCAUGCUCUAGUCUGAUUCCGGACCUGUUUGGAACUGCCUGGCCCUUCAGGGCACCUGGGUCUGACGAGUGAACUUCCUCAGGACUUCCUCCCUGCGCUUAGGCGUGUCUUAGCACUGCACCCACUUCCCAGCCAUUUUGGUGGCUAAAGUGCCCUACCUGUCCCAGUUUGUAAAUAUUCUGUAAAGAAAAGGGUACAUCAGAGAGUUUCAAAACAAAACAAAACCUAUUUGUGUUUGUUCAAGAUACACCGGUAGGGGAGUUGUCUCCAAGGCCACAUCGAGCUUCCAGGACCAGUAAGAAGACAGGUCCCAGGAACACUGACUUGGGGCUGGGCUGACCUGGCACCAAGCAGAGAGUAGGAGCUCAGGAGGGUAGGCCACCUCUUCUCCUCUUCAUUUGUUGGGUUCUCUUGGGAAGCGGGUGGCCAUAUUCCACAUCUGCCUUAUUUAGAGCAGGAAUGGGAAUAGAGCAAGCCUGCAGGGUAGGGUAAGGAAGGGGUGGUGUCUGGCCAUGCCUGUGGAGUCCCAUCGCCCCAGACAGGCCCUGCUGUCUUCAGUUAAAGAGCAUCAUUGACUCUACCACCUGAUCACCUCUUGCAGGCCCCAGUUCCAGAGGUGGUAGCUCCUCUUUAUAUCACAGAGGACAGUGACCCUCAACCCACUUCUCUCUCACUGGCAUGACACCCACCCAUCCUCACCAGGCUGGGCCUUUCCCCUUACCGGCAUCCUCUGUUCAAACUUGGACUUUGUCUUAACACCCUGCUUCAGCUGAUGGCCAGACAUGGCACCUGCCUCAUCAGCCCCUACCCAGGGGUUACUCUGUUGAAACCCAGGCCCUAAAUUGGCUGACUCACAGUGGUAGAAUAAGCUAGAACGAGUAGCAAAGUGGAGCCCAGGAGCAGAAGGAAGGCUUCUUGGAGGAGGUAGUGUGAGGACUGCAUUUGGAAAAUGAAAAUUGAGUUCACCAGAUGUCAGAGGUAUUCCAGUAGGACCAGACUAGGGCCCUCUUGGCUGAAAUUAGGGGACAUGAAGGAACCCAGGGUUAAAGAGACUGGAUCUAGGUCAGAAAGGGUCAUGAGAAGUGCACUAGGGAUCUGGAAUCAGCAUUUCCUGCAGUUAGUCUAGCCUUUCCUGGUUGGCGACCAAUUUUCUCAUUACUGUGAUUAAAAUAUGGAACAAAAACCACUUAAGGAAGAGGCCUGAUUUUG